AUGUUGCAAAAUCGAUUACGCAAAACGUUGCUCUGUUCUGCAUCCAAGUUGCGCAUCUAUUCUCGACGGCAAGAACAACAAUUUCAUCAAAAUGGUGUCGUCGCGAUGAGCUUCGUUUCCUUUUCUUCUUUUUCAGGAGGAGUUUGGGGGAGAAGAAGAGUUAUCAGAGAGAGUUUUGUCGAUGAUGAUGUGGCAUUUCAUUGGGGAAGGAUGAGAAGUCUCUGUUGUCAUCCUUGCGGAAACAACGACAACAUCAACAGCGAGAAGAGCGGAGGAUCGAAAAACGCGACGACAACAACGACUUUUAGAAGGAAGUUUACCUCCGCGUCGUCUGAUGAAAAUGAACAGUAUUCGUUCGCCAUCGUCGGCUCUGGUCCAGCCGGCAUGUACGCGGCGGACAAGUUGCUCCACAUGAAGAAUAGUAGUAGUAGUAGUAGUAGUAGUAGUAGUAGUAGUAGUAAUAAUGUACUCAUCGACGCGAAAGUGGACGUGUACGAGAAAGAGUGCUUCCCGUACGGUCUCGUCCGGUUCGGCGUCGCUCCGGAUCACCAGGCGACGAAAAAUGUCACGAACAAGUUUGACGCUUUGUUGAGAGACGAAAGGGUGCGGUUGUUUGCGAACGUGAAAGUUGGCUCCGUCGGCAAUGAAAACGACGACGACGGCGAGGGGUUGCGCGUGUCCACGAAAGAGUUACUCGAACGAUACUCUGGCGUGGUGCUCGCGCACGGUGCGGCGGAUAACGAUCGGAAAUUGCAGAUUGAAAACGAAGAUACGUUAAGAGGCGUGUACGGCGCGAGGCAGUUUGUAAAUUGGUACAACGGGUUACCGUCUGCUGCGCCGAUGCGGAAUAAAGAGAUGCACGAGGAUAUCGUGGACAGAUUACAAAAUAAGAAAAACGGAUCGAACGUUGUCAUCGUUGGCGUCGGGAACGUUACUUUGGACUGCGCGAGGAUUUUGUUGCGCUCGCCGGAAGAGUUGAAAGAGACGGAUAUAGCAUCGCACGCGUUGGAGGCUUUAGAGAAGGCAAACGUGAAUUCAGUGACCAUCGUCGGUCGACGGAGCGUCGCGCAAGCGAAGUUUUCUCCCAAGGAGUUGAGAGAAGUCCUCAAUUUACCGGAUUUGGACGUCCAAAUUGACGAUUUAGAAGUCACCGAGGAAGAUAUCGAGGAGAUGAACGCGUCGAGGCCGAGACGAAGAGCGUUUGAGGUUUUAGAAAAGGCGAAGAAAGAAGGAGCGGCGACAAAAUCAGACGGUGACGACGCCAAAGGAGGCACGAGGAAGAUAUUGCGCGUACUCUUUUUACGCUCGCCGACGGGUUUACUCCCUGAAGAUGAUAUAUCCUCGUCGCCGUCGUCGUUAGGAUUCGUGAAAAUUCGCAAAAACAUCCUCCAAGGGCCAACUGGGAAUCGACAAGCGACGCUUUCCAACGAUCAAGUCAGAGACGAAACGAUCCUCCCGUGCGAUAUUCUCAUACGUUCAGUUGGAUACGUCGGCGAUAAACUCGAACCGAAUUUAGUUCCCUCGGAUAAGAACGGAACCAUCGUGCACGACGGUCUAGGCCGCGUUCGGUACAACGAAGACUCCUCCGCCUCCGCCACCGGUCGUCUCUACGUCUGCGGCUGGGCGAAGCGAGGCGCCUCGGGCGUCAUCGCGACGAACGUCCAGUGCGCGGAAGAAACCGCCGAAGCCAUAAAAGAAGACAUUCUCAACGGUCUUCUCAAACCAGCAGCGCGUAUUCUUCCUCCUCCUCCUUCGAACACCAUUACCGCUUCCAAAUGGUUCAAGCUCGACGCCGUCGAAAGAGGCGAAAGCGAUCGAGAAGAAACGGAAGAAGAAGAUGUAGAAGAAAAAAGCGAGUCCAACAAGAAAGCCUUAAACGUCAGAAGUCGAAAACCGAGAACGAAAAUAGUCGACCGAGACCGCGCCUUGGCCAUCGUUCGCGCCGCCGCUUCGUAA